CGGUUUCCGCUUAAAUAUGUCCCCCUCUUUAAACAGACAUCGCGGGUCGGUUAUGAAAAAGCAGAAAAGUUCUGCUUGAUUUAAAUCAAGUUUUCUGCGCCACUACAGAAAGCCUGGGUCUUUGUUAUAUUUACAAGCAGAAUGUCUUAUCCUUCACCCCAUGACCGCAGCCGUAAAGAUGACGAGGAUGAUCCCAUUGAGCAGAUGAUAUCCCGCACUGGCUGCGCUGAGCUGCAUUACACUGUGCAGGAAUGCAUGGCUGAACAUCAGGACUGGAGAGCCUGCCAGAAGCAGGUUCAGAGUUUCAAAGACUGCAUGACAAGUUUUCAAAAUGCACAAAAAGAACGACGGAUAGCCCAAAAACAGACGUCUAGCAACUCUUCAACAAGUUAAACUGACAAAUGGUGUUUACUCAAUUUCAAGACCUGUUUGUUAUUAUUAUUCUUAUUACCAAU